GACAGGAAUCGCACGUGAUCAUAUUUUGAUUUUUGUGUUUUGAUUUGUAGAGUAUGUGUUGUGAUUGCGAAAAGAAUAGUAAUGAAAUUCUUGAUUAAACCUAAUACGACUCUUAAAACAAAACUCUAUAUAAAGGCUAUAGCCUCUGUCUAACAUAAAACCUUUUCCAAUUCCUGCUUAAUCAAUAGUAUUUAAAAUAAUGUUUCAAAAUAAAAGUACACCUUUUGAAGAUGAUAUCGAAAAAGCAACUAGUGAAAAUAAUCUAUCAGAAGAUUGGUCCCAAAUUAUGCUUAUUUGUGAUAAUGCUGUAAACUAUCAAGAUGGGUCCAAAUUCUGCCUAAAAGCAAUAAUGAAGCGCUUGCAUCAUAGUGUGCCAAGGGUUGUUAUGCAAGCGCUUGUUCUUUUAGAUUCUUGUGUUAAAAACUGUGAUAAGAGAUUUUUAUUGCAAGUUGCAUCCAGUGAAUUUACUACAGAAGUUAGAAAACUGCUAGGAAAAAUGCAUCCAUCUUGUGCUACUAAAUUGAAAGAAUUGCUGCAAAAAUGGUCUAUGGAGGAAUUUAAGGAUGAUCCUGAACUUUGCAUUAUUCCGGCAUUAUAUUACAAGCUUAAGAGUGAAGGUGUGGAAUUUCCAUCACUAGAGAAAGAAAAGAAAAUUGCCGCACCUAUUUGUAAUGAUCCCAAUGCCGUUAGUAGUCAAGAAGAAGAAAAUGACAUCAUUAGAGCCAUUGAGAUAUCUUUAAAGGAUACUGGUAAAUAUUCUGCCCCUAUUGAAGAAGCAACUUCUAGACUGUCUUUAUCACAGCCACAAGAGAAAUCUAGACGCGAGCCUUUUAAAGUGCUUGCUCUUUAUGAUUUUGAAGCUGUGGAAGAAAACGAACUAACUCUAAAGGCUGGUGAAGUAAUCUUAGUUACAGAUAAUAGUGAUUCUAAUUGGUGGAAAGGUUCUAAUCAACUAAGUGAAGGCCUUUUUCCAUCUAAUUUCGUUUCUGAAGAUGACUAUUUGAAGUCGCUGGAGCCUAAAAUUGAAGCUUCUUCAACUAGUGAAGUGGAAGAUACAUCAAAUGAUAUUGUAACAGUAAAUGAGGAAAAAAUAGAUCAAGUUUUGAAUUGGUUGAAUGAUGUUGAUCCUACUGAAGAACUGAUUGACCCUGAAAAUAUGUUAAAACUUGAAAAAGAGUGUUAUAAAAUGGCUCCACAGAUUGAAGAAAAUCUGCAUUCAAUUGACAAUCGCUUAGCAAUGUUAGAUGCAACAAAUGAAAAAAUCAUGGCAGCUUUUGAUUUGUUCCAUGACUUAUCAACAGUUAACAAUCAAUGGGCAACUUUACCUUUAAACAUGAAGUCAUACACUAGUCCAAUGCAAAUGCCUUAUACUCAACAUGCUUUUCCUCCGUCAAUGUCAACCUCAGAAUCAAAAAUGCCUUCUCAGAAUGCCAUCUUGUCGCAGCCCUCAGUUUCCAGCAAUAUUCCUCCUGAGGUCAAUAAUCAGCAAAAUAUGAAAGCCAUCAAUGCUACUCAAAACCAAACUACAAAUCUUCCAGCCAGCAUUCAGACAGUUGCUGAUAAUUCAGUAGUUUCUCAAACUACAGGAACUACAACAGCAGCUACUAAUCCAUCAGUUAGUCAAGUAAUACAUCCAGCUAGUAUGAUGAAUCCUUAUGCAACAGGUAUCAUGGGAGGAAUUUUUGUACCACCUGGAAUUCCAUAUCCCUUUCCGCCACCAAAUCCACAACAAGGUUAUAUGCCUUUUCCUGGACCUUCUCAAGCUUAUCUUGGCAUGCCUUAUGCAGUUCCACCUAUGGGGCCUCAUGUUCCAUAUCCUUAUUAUUAUGUAAACAGUCCUCAACCUCCAGUACUUCUACAGAGCAAUAAUUCUGAAGAUCCCUCUGUUAGUCAAUCUCAAGAUGUUACAUCGAACACUUCCACAUCUGCGUCUAAUGGGUUAAACAUGACUUCUUUACCACCUGUAUCAAAUCCUAGUUAUUUCAAUGACUUGCAGCAAAUGACACCAGUUGAUUCUACUUCAGUAUUGACACCUUCCAGUACAAAACAAGAGCUUCUACAGACUUCUACAACUCAUGCUUCAGGGGAUGGACAAGUGUCUACCAAUUCUAGCAGUGGUGAAAGCUCUUAAUUUAUAUAACCUAUGUGUGAAUAAAAUGUUAAAUGAAAGAUUGUGAUAUCAAAUCUUAUACAAAAUAAGGUUUUAGUUUCUGUUUUCUCUCUACCUUUGAAAAAGAUACACAUAGUGUCACUUGUCUAAAGUUUUUUUUCUUCUAUAAACUAUUUCUAAGAUAUGUAAUAUAAGAAAAAAUAAUCGUCCAAUUUGCUUUAGUUAUUAAGAUAAUUGUCAUCAAAAUUUUAUAUAUGUUCAUAGCUGCCAGCUCUUGCAUUUUCUCCAUUUCUUCUAGUCUAAUAAAAAAUUCUCUAGUUAUCGUACAUUUUCAAAAUCCCUAUCAAGCUGUAUAUUUUUCUCCAUUUUAUUGAUUUAUUAAAAGUAAUAUUAUUGCCAAAUAAUAACUCAAACCUCAUUAAUAACAAUGAGUUUAAUACUCUUACUUUUUAAACUAUCUAAAAUCUUCAUUAUUUUUUCUCCAUAAUUCACCAUCCUUUUAAUUUAUAAAAGAAUGUGUUUUAACUAUAAGUAUCUAACAUCUAUAGAUAUUAUCUUUAAAUAGCCAUCUAAAGUCAAUUUAAUAUCUAUUAACUAAUACUCAAGUUCAUUUAAUGACAAUCAUAAUUGCAAUCAAUUUAAAUUUAUGAUAAUUUAUUUAAUGUGGUUUUUGUAUUUUAUUGAAUAAAAAAAAAUCCGUAAACUUAACUGUGUCUAAAAUAAUACUUUAGAAAAUGCACUAUGUAACAUUUUAAUACCAAUGUUACCUUUUUUGAUAUUUCCAUUUUUAUAAAAAUAUCUAUCUGAAUUUGGAUGAUCAUUUGAUUUCCGUAUGAAAGUAAAUCUUUUAUUACAAAUAUUUUUUGGGCAAGUAAUCAAUUUAAUAAAUGAACACUACAUCAGUUGUAAUAUUUGUUUAAAAAUGUGGUAAAAGUUUGUCUUUCUUGUUGUUGGUCUGUUAAAAGUAAAAAUUCUCUUUUCUUAUAUUAAAGCCAGGGCUGCUGUUAAAUUUUAAGAGUAAUUUUUCUGAAUGCUCAUUAAAUAAAAUACAUCAUUUUUACGUUAAAAUACUUAUUUUAUUUAUUAUAGCCUUAAAAAAAAUUUUAUCCAAAAAUUAAGUAAUUUUUAUUCAUCUGUUACAACAGCAUCAUUUUAAUCCUAACUAGUUAAAUAAUUUCUUUCAUUAAUUAUAUAUACAUAUGGUUUCUAAGGUCACAUAUUAAAUCUAGCCAUUCUUUAGAUAUUAUAUUUUUAUGAUUUUUAACAAAGUAUUUCUUUUUUUUUUAACUGUAACUUAAUCUGUUUCAAUUGUAUUGUCCAAUAGUUAAUACUAGCAAUAAUUACCUUUUCAUGUUGGCAGCUAUGUGUAUAAAUCAAGGAAGCUUUGAAAAUAUUUAUGUACAAAAAAAAUCUCUGUGAUUAUUAACCCUUCCGUUGCAUCCUAAUUGAAGUUAAAUUUAUUGACUUAACUAUUUACCUCUGUUAUAGAAAUAAUUAGUUUUUUUAAAAAAAAAUUUCUUUGUGGUCACUUUUUUAUGUUUAUUAUUUAAAUGAGUUUACUGAGAACCAAGUUAUUAUGAAAUAAAUAAUUAUAAAUAUUUAGCUCGCCAUUUUGUAUUGUGUUAUUCCAUGCAUGUUAAUUUUUUUAAGUUUCAAAUUAUUAAAAAAAAAAUAUUAGGUUCAAUUCAAUAGUUUGUAUUGUCUUUUGUUUAGUUAAAACUAAAAUAUUUCAACUAUUCUACCACUGAUUUGUGUUACCUUAAAAACCUUAUUGAUUUUUUGUUAAACCUUCCUGUACUAAAUUUUGGCUAAAUUGGAAAAUAAUAACUGGAUGAAAGUGUAUCAACUUCAAUAAUUUAUUUUUUCUGGUAGAGGCUUUUUUCUAUAUAGUGAACUCUUGUGGUUGUACAGACAUGAUACCCUAUGUGCUUAUAAAUUAAACAAAUAAUAAUUGUAUUAUAUUGUGUAUAUAAUGUAAAAAAGUUUUAUUAGUGUUAUUAAUAGUUCUAUGAAAUUUAAAAUUUUUUAAGACAUUGCUAAAAUAUGAAUGUUGAUGUUAAAAUAAGAAUUUAUUUAUUGUUAGAGUUUAUACUUAUUUACAAAUAAUUAAGAUGUUAUUGAGAAAUCAUCAUCAACAUGAUUUCAUCUUUCUUUUUUUUUUCUGAAAUCAAUAUAUUUUAAAACUAUUGUUAAAAUUUUAAAACUGAAUAUAAGAUAUCUAAUAUAAACAAUUUUUAUUUAGAAUUAUAACUUUGUUAACAUUAUUAAAUAUACAUAUGUCAGUCUUUUUAUAUAUUUCUAUGCAUGAAAGUAUUGACGGCAAAAUAUGGAUUUUUAUUAAAAAUGUUAUAUUUCUUUAAUAUGAAAAUAUGUCGUAUUUAAAUUUCAUUUGUAACUUUUUAACGUGUAUUAUUCUAUUCAGUAUAUUUAUUAUUAAUUCUUUUCUUUAUAUUUUAACGAUUGAGUUUGCUAAUAAAAUAUCCUUUCCAUUUUUA